AUGCGAGACACUCCUACUUUAUUUGAGACUCGCUAUCCAGACAUUAAAAAGCUUGCACUCUCCCUUGUUAUCGCGUCAAGGAAGUUGAGGCCAUACUUUCAGGCUUAUUCAAUUGAAGUCCUCACCAACUUCCUAUUGAAACAACGCCAUCAAGGCCAGAUCCUUACAGAUUUUGUUGCUAAGUUCACCAAAGCCCCAAAAAUAGAGGCAACAAUGGAUCCAGCAGAGCUACCAACAUGGAAGCUAUUUGUGGACGGAUUGUCAGGAGAAAGCGGCUCCGAAGUCGGAGUCAUUUUGGAAAGCCCAGAGGGCCAUAGGCUAAACUGUGCAAUCAGGUUCAGCUUCAAAGUCUCGAACAAUUCUGUAGAAUAUGAAACCCUCCUAGCAAGCCUCAGACUGGCCAAAGAAAUGAAAGUUAGAAAAUUAAAAGCCAAUAGCGACUUACAACUUGUGGUGAGUCAGGUCAAUGGAAGAUUCAUAGCUAAAGACAGUGGCAUGGCUGCUAAUUUAAAACUAGUUCUGAGCCUAGUUCCCCACCUUCAGAGGUUUGAAUUGGUCCAGGUCCCAAGCUUUGAAAAUACACAUGCGGACGUCUUUUCCAAACUUGCUAAUAGUAAGGAUUCUGAGCUGCUAAGAAUCGUUCCAAUCGAGCACCUGUCGAAGACCUCCAUCUCUGGAGAUCAAUCACGACCACCCUUGAAGAACGAAGCAAAGAAGUUGAGAAGAAGGGCUGCUUACUUCAUACUUCAAGAUGAUGUGUUGUAUAAAAGAGGCUUCUCAUCACCCCUACUACAGUAUGUUGGAGGAGAGGAAGCCAUGUACAUUCUAAGAGAAAUUCACGAGGGAGUCUGUAGUAACCACUCUGGUGGAACAGCCUUGGCACACAAGGGACUUUUCAUGGUCACCAGCCCAUGGCCCUUCACCAAAUGGGGUAUAGACUUCAUUGGCCCCCUCUCGAAAGGAAGAAGAAGUGCAACCUUUGCCGUUGUUGCCAUUGACUACUUCACUAAGUGGGUCGAAGCUGAACCUCUAGCCAAAAUCACCGAGGCGAACACCACAAAGUUUGUCUAG